AUGGCUGCUGAAGUUAGUUCUCUAAUUCGUGUUCUUGGUGGAGGAGGAUACAAAGAAGAACAGCAUCGGACGGUGGGAAAUGAAUCUCACAGUGAGAAAUCAACGGCUCUGAUUACAAGAGACUUACUCGGUGGGUCCGGAAAUGAAUCCCAAGAAUUAGAUCUUGAUUUACAGGUUCCUACUGGCUGGGAAAAACGUCUUGACCUUCAGUCAGGGAAAGUGUACAUUCAAAGGUGUAACACAUUACCAUCAUCACCAAUUUCUGAAAUGAAACCAACAACUCCGAAAUUCCAAGACCUAAAUUUUCCAUCAACACACCCAAAUGUUGCAUUGAAUCUCUUCGAUGAAACGAGUUUAGACCUGAAACUCGUUUCAUCGACUUUACCAUCAAACAAUUACCAAAGUGUGUGCACACUUGACAAAGUGAAAUCAGCUCUGGAAAGAGCUGAGAAAGAACCGUUAAGGAAAAGAGCAUCGUUUUUGAAGUCAUCGAUUUCAACAACUUCGCCUUCGUCAUAUUCAUCUUCUUCAUCGUCGAUUCGAGAGACAACAAAUCAUCAAGAGGAAGAACAAAGCGAGGAGAAAAUGGUCUCGUCGCCUAUGGCUGCAGGGUGUCCUGGUUGUUUGUCAUAUGUUUUGAUAAUGAAGAAUAAUCCUAAGUGUCCUAGGUGUAAUUCUGUUGUUCCAAUUCCAAUCAUGAAGAAACCUAGGAUUGAUCUUAAUAUUUCGAUUUGA